GAAGAACCCGUCCAGCCUGUCCUCCAAGUCGUUCCAAAAUAUUUUGACCCCCAGGUCUUCGGAAGUUUUCGAAGUAGUCUUGUCCCGUAAUCGGAAGAGAGGAAACGCGAUUUGAGCUCCUCGUUCAUUGAGGAAUGCAGAUGCAGCCGGAUUUCUCAAACACCGGGGCGCUGAGGUUCCACGAUUUCGGUGUCGGUGACCGAAGGAAGGAGGAGAAUCUCGACACUUCGAGAGACGACCCUUUCGACUCGGUUUACAGGAAAACCACCAUCUCUGGAAACCCAACAUGGUGGAAGCGCCGAUCGGCUCUGGAGCGAGGUCUUACUGUGGUUGCAGUGUCGGCUGCACUUCUGUGCAUCGUCUUGGCUGUCGGACUUGGGAUCUUGGCCAGUAAUUCCACCUCCUGCGAUGUCUCUGCCGAUGUAGUUCCUGUUAAUUCAGAGAUGCUACCGUCUGCAGCGGAAGCACUAGGAGCUGCACCCUCGACGAAUAUCCUGACGGUCACCAGAGGUCCUGAUGCCGAGGACGUGUGUAUGAAGCCAGGAUGCGUUCACACAGCUUCGAAGAUCCUGAAGAACAUAGACCCGGACGUGGAACCCUGCGACGACUUCUACAAAUUCGCCUGCGGAGGUUUCUUAAAAUCCACUGUAAUUCCUGACGACAAGACUAGCGUGAAUACAUUUAGCAUCAUCAGCGACAAGCUGCAGAAACAACUUAGGACCAGUAUCGAGGAGAAGAGCCCGGAAAACGAGCCCAAGCCCUUCAGGCUGGUCAAGAACUUGUACAAGGCCUGCAUGAACAAAACCGCUAUCGAGGAACAGGGACUGAAACCUUUGCUGAAGAUCUUGAAGAAACUCGGAGGUUGGCCAGUACUCGACGGUGAUGCUUGGAACGACGGUGACUUCAAUUGGAAGGAGAGUGUCUAUACAUUCCACAAAACGGGAUACUCCGUGGACUAUUUCAUCGACUUCAGCAUCGGCGUCGACCUGAAGAACAGCACCAGGCGCGUCAUCGAUUUGGAUCAGGCGUCUCUUGGACUGUCGAGGGAGUACUUGACGAAAGGCUUCGAUGGGAAGAUCGUUCAGGCUUAUUACAGCUACAUGGUGGACAUAGCCGUCAUCCUGGGGGCCAACAAAAGCAGAGCAUCCCAAGAGUUGAAGGAGUCCCUCGAGUUCGAAAUCAAGCUUGCCAACAUAUCCUUGCCAAACGAGAAGCGGCGAAACGCCACUCUCCUCUACAACCCGAUGACCGUCAGCCAGCUGAACAGAAACUACCCCAGCGUGCCAUGGCAGGAGUAUUUCAACACCUUAUUGGCACCUACCAUCCAGGUGAACGAGAACGAGCUGGUGAUCGUUAACGUGCCAAGUUACAUAAGCGAUCUCGAGCGAUUAUUAAGCAUUACUCCGAAACGGAUCCAAGCGAACUACAUGAUGUGGCGGGCGACUGCAGCUUCCAUCAGCUAUCUGACCGAAGAAGUCAGGAAGAGGCAGUUGGCAUAUUCGACGGCCUUGAGUGGCAGGACCGAAAGGGAGUCCAGGUGGAAAGAAUGCGUGGACCUCGUUUCCGGGAGUCUCUCCAUCAGUGUGGGCGCCCUUUAUGUUAGGAGGUACUUCAACGAGGAUGCGAAGAAAAACGCUCUGGAGAUGGUGGGCGACAUCAGGCAGCAGUUCACGAGCAUCUUGAAGACGGUCGAGUGGAUGGACAAUGAGACGCGUAAGAGUGCUCUCGACAAGGCAGCCUCCAUGUCAUCUCACAUCGCGUAUCCGGACGAGCUCCUCAACGACAAGAAGCUGGAGGAGUUCUACGAGAAACUCGAACUGAGCCCGGACAACUAUGUGGAGAGCAUCCUGAAUCUGACGCUCUUUGGAACGGAGUAUUCUUUCAGCAAACUGAGGAAACCGGUAAACAAGAGCGAUUGGAUCACCCACGGCAGGCCAGCAGUCGUCAACGCGUUUUACUCCUCCAUUGAGAACAGCAUCCAGUUCCCAGCCGGCAUUCUUCAGGGAGCAUUCUUCAGCAACGAUCGACCUCGGUACAUGAAUUACGGGGCGAUUGGGUUCGUGAUCGGCCACGAGAUCACUCAUGGAUUCGACGACCAGGGCAGGCAAUUCGACAAGGAAGGCAAUUUGGUGGACUGGUGGGCACCGGAAACCAAGGAGAAGUACCUCGAAAGGGCCGAGUGCAUUAUACAUCAGUACGGAAAUUACACCGUUGAAGAGGUCGGGCUGAAGCUGAACGGAAUCAAUACCCAGGGGGAGAACAUAGCUGAUAAUGGCGGAAUUAAGGAGGCCUAUCUCGCCUACAACGAGUGGGUCCGGAGAAACGGACAAGAGCCGAAACUUCCAGGUCUUUCGUACUCCCCGAAACAAUUGUUCUGGAUAAGCGCCGCCAACACUUGGUGCAGUGCUUACAGGCCGGAAGCCCUGAAGCUCAGGAUCACGACGGGCUUCCACAGUCCCGGGGAAUUCCGGGUCCUGGGACCGUUGUCCAACAUGGUGGAGUUCUCCAAAGACUUCAACUGCCCGGCAGGCUCGAAGAUGAACCCGACGAAGAAGUGCUCGAUCUGGUAGAUGAUAAAAGGCAACGAGAAGGGCGAAGAAGUCGCGAUUCUCGCACCCCUUGGGGGCGAUAAGAGAUGGUCGGAGUCUGGUUAGGUCAGGGUAGGCAGAUUAAUCUUUGAAACCAACACGAGGAAUAGGGAAUUGUUUUCUACGGAGUGACUGUAAAAAUCUACGGGAUCCCUGAGCGAAGGAGAUUCGUCCUGGAUAUUUAGGAUCCCCUUAUCAGGACGUGGUCCGGAUCGGGAGGAGAGUCCUGGAAGAUCCAUCUCGUCUCGGCGGGAGCCUACUGAACUUUUUAUCUCGAUUAAACUAGGGAUAAGCCUGAGGUGGGAGAAGGAAUUAUUUCUGGCGGAGGAUUCACCCGUGCUAAUUAGGAUACGAGUUUAACCCUAAGGCAAUUAUUUCUCGAUGGUCCUGGGGGUGUUUCGCAUCCUUGGAAUCUCUACAGGAUGUCCGGGGGAGGAGCUUGAAACCUUUUUCUCUUCUUUCUCAUGGAUCGUCGAGGCGUUAAAGGUAAACCACGAUCCGUCCAUGUGUCACGAAUUACACGAUCGUUGUGCACCUUGCAUUGAAUGCACCGAAUCCGGGAGCCCUUGACGUUAUGCAUUUGCGGGCAAACGCGAAGGAUAUAUCCGGUAGAAUUUGGUACAGAGUUCGGAUUUAUAUCUUCCUAAAAGGGAACCGAGUACUCCUGGGUCCAUGAUGCAUUCCACGUUGUUAAACAGGAUGUAAAUAGAGGUCGCCGAAGCGAUUCCACUUAAUAAUCGGACGAACUUCUCUUAGAAACAUCUUCCUGCGUCGUAUUGAUCGUUAAGAUGGGAAACUGCAUUCACGCGGAAUGAAAAAGGAAAAGCUUCCACUUCUUUGCAUUGUUCUUAAUCGCGCAGGAAAGUCAGUUGGUUGGACCAAGGCAAUCAUUUAUUCGACGUGAUCUUAUUACUCCAACGUAAUUGCAACUAACAGGAAAGAUCUCCUGUAAGGAGUUUGAUGCGGAAUGUAAAUGAGUAUGUAGCGAUAUUAUUUGCCUCUAUACUUAAUUGACUCAAUUAAUUACCUCUCUGUUAUUGUUUAAGCGAAGUAAUUUUAAAGCAUUGCGUGAAUCGAUCUUAAUUGAAAGUUGAAUUAUUUUAUUAAUGUUGAUCGGUUCGAACUUAAUUGCAAAAAGAAAUUAAUUGCUGGUACUGUGAAGGUGUUCGCAUUGUACUUCUAAUUAUACAGAGUUGAAGAACAUUGUCUCAGUACUGCCAGUCAAUUUCAAAACGUGUUGCAUUAAUGUUCUAUUCCAAACGGGAAAUAUUCGUGUUUAUAACGAUAUUUAAAUAAUUGCACGCAGCAUUUUAAAGUCCAUUUGAUAACGACUUCACUUCUGUUUCGCUGUUGAGCUUGCACUUGAGAUACCGAAACAUGUUUGCUACCGCUGUAAUCAAUCGGAUUAAAUCGAGCAAUUUUAGGUCAUUAAAAUACUAUUAAAGUUACCGUUAAAGAAGUACUUAGGCGACAUAGUAUUAAUAACAUAGCUCCGGUCAUGAACUGACGAAACAUGUAUUUUUUUUUUUGCGUUGCUUUUACAUCACGUUCUGUUCCCUGAUUCGUUAAGAUAUAAUUAAUUUGUUUAAGGCAUAAUCGUCCAGUGCAGAGUGUAGGAGCAUAACAUUAGAAUUCCCGACAUUUUCGUAUUUAUUACAACGACGUAUUAAUUUUGUUCUUGCGAGGAAACACCAUAUAUAUGUAGAAGUGUAUUUAUUGAAUGUGAAGUUUUAAUAUUAAAACCGAAAAAUCACAAA